GUGACACUCAACAUUUGUAAUGGGUUGAAGUCAUUUCUCUGUUUCUUUAUCUGUGAAACCCUAAUAUUUCAUUUACAAAAUUCUGGGUUUUUGACAAUAUAUUAGUGUCGAAGAAGUGGAGAAGUUGUAUAUGUAAUUAGUUUGAUUUCAUGUUUUGGUUUUCUAUCUUCUGUUUAAUCUUAAAUGCGUCCAUUUCUUUUAUUUUCUUCGAACAACUCGUUCCAAUUAUGUUUGGUUUGACAGAAAUCAGUUCUUGCGCGAAUUUUGCUUCAGAUAUAUUAACUUUUUAUUUCUCAAGAAACUUUCCAUGAAAACACUUAUUGUCCAAACAUGAGUGCCUUCUAUAAUUUUCUAUGACAUAUUAGCGGCUCAAGAAUUUUUGAGGCCUCACGCUAAAUGCUAAAAUGAAGCCUUACUCUACAGUGCCUAUUAAAAUUUGAGGCCUUUGACAUCUUUUGAAAGCAGAGUGUCUUUUCCUUGGAACAAGUCUUGUUAGUUUUUGAACAAUCUUGAAGAAAUAAAGAACUCAUUUGCAUGUGAUAAUUCUAGACCGGGUUUGUAUUUACAUAUUUCAUUUUGGUAGUAUCCACUUUUCAACACUUCAUGGUAAUAUGUUUGAUCUCAAAGCAUCAUCCUUGUCAUUUUUAUUUGAAUUCGGAUGCUAGCCCCUCUGUUUGUUACAUGGGAAAGUUAGUUUCUUUUUCUUAAGACUUUUUGUGGAAACAUUUUCCUUAAGACAAAAGUUUCUUUUAUUCUAACUAGACUUUUUACAUGCAGUGGUUAUUGUGAUUGAAUUUUGUUGAUACAGAGACAAGAAGGAGCGAUUCUAAUGAGUUCAUAUCAAGAAACAGGUGACAUUAAGUCUGGAAUGAUUAGGGAAAAACUGUUAGCAGUAUUCAAAUACCUUACUGAGAAGAACUUCCAAAAAGCUCGUCACGAGUUCGAGUGUGAGUCGGGCCUCUUCUUCGACAUCAAGUAUUUUGAGGAGCUGGUGGUUAACGGGGAUUGGGAUGAGGCUGAUAGAUAUCUUUCUUGCUUCACCAAAUGGGACGACAACCGUCAUUCUAUGAAAAUGUUUUUUGAAAUCAAGAAGCAGAAAUACUUUGAGGCAUUGGACAAGUGCAAUUUUCAUGAAGCAACCGAUAUUCUUAUGAACGAACUGAAAGUUUUUUCUGAGUCUGAUCAAGAAUUAACCAAGGAGAUGACUGACCUAUUAAAAAAUAAAAGGGAACAUAGACAACUCACAGGGCAUGCUAACACGGAGAUCCAAAGAAAGAAUCUGAUGGGAAUGUUGUUCAAUAAACUUUUGAUAAACCAUCCCAUUAUCAGUGAAAAACUGCAGUUCCCUACCUUAGCAGAUUCAACGUUAAAACAUCAAUUUCCCAAAGGAAGUCCCAAUUAUUCUGAUGCUAGUUUGGCUUCGCAAUCUACACAUUUGGUUCCAGUGGGUCAAAUUGAGGUGGGUCAAGUUGAGCCACUACAAACCAUAGCAAGACCAGUUCCAGAUCCCUUGAGCCUGCCGCAGAAUAAUCUACCAACCAUAAAUCAGCAGGGAGGUAAGCUAUUACACUGAUUUUUUAUACAAGCACACAAAAAUUUGAAUUAUUAAGUACUCAAAAAAUUCACCACAUUGCCUGGUUUAGGUGCACCUUUGGCGAGCAUCAAUAAUUUUUGUGACAUCUCUAACACGCGCCUCUCUGGAAUUUCAAACACAGUAAGGCAUAUACUAGCUAUAUAACUGCAAAGGGCAUAAUCUUUUUUCUGACUUGUGUUUCAUUUCCACUUUUUACACUGCUAUCAAUUUCAUUUAUUUAUUUUUUGGAACAUUUCACUGCUUUACAUUUGUGUCUGGACAUUUUGUAGAGGAUAUUGCCAGCUCCUGGUGAAUAUGGAAGUAGUCGUAGACUCUUUGAUGCAAACGCUGGGAUCACCAAUUCUGUCGGCACAAUUAAUCAGGAUACCCCUACUUUGUCAAGAAUUAGGCCCGAGACUGUGACUAAGGUCAGUUUACUACUUACCCAAAAAAAAGGUCAGUUUUCUAAAUCUCCACAUCUACAAGAAUCUUAAUCCAAAACCUGUAGAAAGGCAUUCUUUUGGGUACAGCUCGAGUUUACUUUGCAACUAAAUGUGAGAAUAUGUUGUAUAUAUGGCAGGAUUGUGUAUAUAUGGCAUGAUUGUGUAUCUGAUUGUGGUGUAAAUAGGAACUUUGUAUAACCAACUAGGCGUUGCCUUUCUUAGGGCUUAGUUUAAAGGAGAUUAUGGGUUCAAUUCCCCUUAAGGUUUAAGGUUCAAGGGAGUUGAAUUAAGGCAGUGCAAACACUUAUGUGCUUUGUCAAGGUGGGGAGAUUUUCUAACAACUAACAUUUGCCGAUAAAAAAAAAAAUAGGAACUUUGUAUUUCCUUUUUGCAGAUAUAGAUUUAGGGCUAUAUAAACUGAUGAACUGUUUGUAAACAAAUACAAUUGAAUAUAUAAGAACAUUCAGAAAUCUUACAUGUAUCAGAGCCAAGUGCGACACCCUAGCAGAAAUCGCAACUGGUUCUCUGGUUCUGAGCUUUAGUUCGAUCAAAGUUCUCUUUGAUUCUGUUCUGGUUCUGUUCACCACCCAUCAUCACGG